AUGGUUGAGGACAAAAGUCGGGAAGCACCAGUUCCUGGGUUCUGUGGAAUACAGAAUUUGGACCACAUCUACGUCCGGGGUGACAAUGCUAUCCCCAAUGCUAUCAUACUCCUCUUGAAACCCAAUCCCAUCCUGCGGGUUCAAGGGGGAAGCAGGAGUGGAAAUAUCCCCAUCAGUGCCUGGGAGAACCAUUUGAGAAGGAACCGCUCGAUUGUGGUCGAUCUGUUUCACGGGCAGCUGAGGUCUCAGGUGAAAUGCAAGACCUGUGGGCACAUCAGUGUUCGUUUCGACCCUUUUAACUUCUUAUCGCUGCCUCUUCCGAUGGACAGUUACAUGCACAUAGAAAUAAUAGGUGACGAUGACAGCUUGGGAUAUCAGUACCCUUUCACCCUUCGGGUGGUUCAGAAAGAUGGCAACUCCUGUGCCUGGUGCCCCUGGUACAGGUUUUGCUACGGGUGUAAAAUCGAUUGCACAGAAGAAAGAGCUCUGAUGGGGAACGCAAACCUCGCUGUCGACUGGGAUCCCACCGCACUUCACCUCCGCUACCAGACCUCACAAGAACGGAUAGCAGAGGAGCACCGAAGCGUGGAGCUGAGCCAGCGCGCUCAGGCCGAGCCCAUCAACCUGGACAGCUGCUUGCGGGCCUUCACCAGCGAGGAGGAGCUGGGCGAAGAUGAAAUGUACUAUUGUUCCAAGUGCAGCACCCACUGCCUGGCCACCAAGAAGCUAGACCUGUGGAGGCUGCCCCCCAUCCUGAUCAUCCACUUGAAGCGCUUCCAGUUUGUCAACGGCCGCUGGAUAAAAUCCCAAAAAAUCGUCAAGUUUCCUCGGGAGAGCUUUGACCCAAGUGCCUUCCUCAUGCCGCGAGACCCGAGCUGCUGGCCGCCAAAGCUGCUGACGCCGCAGGCUGACGAUCCCGCGGAGCCCCUGAUUCUGCCGGAGGAGUGUCGGAGGACGGAGCAGCGGAGCGGCACCGUGGCGGGAGAAGGCGACGUCCUCACCCGGAGCCCUUCCUCUCUCAACGCUUCGGGCAUCUUAAAUAAUAUUAGAGCAUCGCCGUCCUCCGCGAGGAAGUGCCCGUCCAGCUCUUCGACCGGUAAAAACCUUAGCCCCACCAGUAGCCCCAGGACUAUGGGCAGAAGUAAGGGGCGCCUUCGCCUCCCCCAGCUCUGUAAAAACAAACUCUCGAGCAGCAAAGAGAACCUGGACACGAGUCGAGAGAACGGUACCCAGCCAGAUCCAAAGGCCGCAUUGGACUCCCCGGGCAGGGAGCCGCAGAAUUUGGGGGACGGUUCGGGAGAACCGGUGGCUGCUCAGGACAAUGAGGGGCAGCUAUCCAACGGAUACCUUUGCAAGCUGAGCUCCUCCAGCAACCACAGUCUCAACGGUCCCCUGGAAGUCCGCCGGGAAGAGGAACUGGCAGAUGACCAAAGAGGAGAAAUCUGUAUUAAUCCCAUUUAUAACUUAUAUGCAAUUUCGUGCCAUUCAGGAAUUAUGGGAGGAGGUCAUUAUGUCACCUAUGCCAAAAACCCAAAUGACAAAUGGUACUGUUACAACGACAGCAGCUGUAAG